AAACAUCUGACAUUCAAAGUAAAAUGCAAGACAGAAACUCUUGGAAAAUAUUGUCAUAAUAAAAAGACUGCUAUUUAUUUAUUAUUAACAAUUUUUUUUGUAACAAAAACACAAUUUAUAUAAAAUGAGCAUUUGUAGUGUUAGAGGAAUAAAUUUGCAGUUUUGCCGACGAGCAUUUCUAUUAGCUAAUCGUAGGCUAACGCCGGCAACUUUUCCAGAGGAUACAGUUUUAAAACGUAGUGUACACAACAAUUCACCUAAAAAGGAAGAAUGUCGUCCUAAGAUUUCCUAUAACAGUGAAGUAUUGCGUGCUGCCAAUUGUAAUGUAAGUAGCAAAAAUUUGGAUAAACUAAAAGGAACUACAAGUAGUAGUGGAGAUAAGGCCACAGCUUAUGAUCAAACAACAAACAAAGGUAGUGGUGAAUGUGGUGAUGGUGGAAAAACAAAACUCUUAAUAGCUUUAGCAGCUGCUUUAGGCAUAGGUGGUGUUGUUUAUUAUCUUAGUAGAGGCGAUGAAAAACCUAAAGCUAAGAAAGAGGAGCCACAACCUAUACCACAAACAAAUCCAACUAGUUCUCAAGAUUUACCAAAGCAUGUGCCAUAUUUGCUAAUUGGUGGUGGAACUGCUGCCUUUUCAGCAUUCCGUGCUAUAAAAUCAAAUGAUGCCAGAGCUAAAGUAUUAAUGGUUACAGACGAAAAACGCAAACCUUAUAUGCGACCUCCUCUAUCAAAGGAAUUGUGGUAUUCCGCCCAAGAAACACCGCUUUCAGAAGACUACAGAUUUAAACAAUGGACCGGUGCAGAACGUAGUUUAUACUUUGAGCCAGAAGAAUUUUUCAUACAUCCCUCCAAGUUAAAUGAAAGCGAAAAAGGUGGUAUUGCUGUGGCACAUGGUUUUAGAGUCAAGAAAAUUGAUCCCGUUAAGAAAACUGCCACUUUGACGGAUGGCUAUGAAAUUGGUUAUGAUGAAUGUUUAAUUGCCACCGGUUGUAGUCCUAAAAUGCUGCCUGUCUUUGCCAGUGCUCCUCCUAGUGUAAAGGAUAAAAUCAUGGUGUAUCGUACUCCAGAUGAUUUCGAACGUCUUAAGAGUUAUGUGGAUGCUAAAAAGAAAGUAACUAUUAUAGGUAAUGGUUUCUUGGGUAGCGAAUUGGCCUGUACAUUGGCAAACUAUUCAAAGAGUAAUGGUGGACAAAUAUAUCAAGUAUUUCCCGAAAAUGGUAAUAUGUCAAAGGUAUUGCCAGAUUAUCUAAGCAAAUGGACAAUGAAGAAAAUGGAAUCACAAGGUGUGUGCGUAAUACCAAAUGCUAGUGUGAAAAGUGUAGCAAGGGAUGAUUCCUCAUUAAAACUAAACUUAAGUACAGGUGAAACAAUUCUGUCGGAUGUGGUGGUUGUUUGCGUGGGUUGUGAAGCCAACACUGAUUUGGCCAGUCUCUCGGGCUUAGAAGUGGAUAAAAAUCUGGGUGGCUUUGUGGUUAAUGCUGAAUUGGAAGCACGUCGUAAUCUAUUUGUAGCUGGUGAUGCUUCCUGCUUUUAUGAUCCUCUACUAGGUAGAAGACGUGUUGAACAUCAUGAUCAUUCCGUGGUUUCUGGCCGUUUAGCUGGCGAGAAUAUGGUUGGCAAAAAGAAACCAUAUAAUCAUCAAAGUAUGUUUUGGUCGGAUUUGGGACCAGAGAUCGGCUAUGAAGGCAUUGGCUUAGUAGAUUCAUCACUGCCUACCGUAGGAGUUUUCUCGCUACCUUCCAAAACUACUGACAGGUCUGACAAUCUUGCCGAAAACCAAAGUGAAGAAACCGAGAAGAAAAAGGAACUAACAAAAGCAACUACCAACAACGAUAUUCCAACAGCCGAUGCUGAGGCAACACCAAAUUAUGGCCGAGGUGUUGUUUUCUAUUUGAGAGAUGAAAAAAUCGUUGGUAUUUUGCUGUGGAACAUAUUCAAUCGCGUAGGACUGGCACGUACUAUAAUAAAUCAGAACAAAAAAUACGAUGAUCUAAACGAAGUCGCUAAACUAUUUGAAAUUCAUUCGUAGAUAAAAAAUACGUAAUUUUAAUUUAACUCUAAUUUGAUUAGGUAAAAAUGUUUAUUUUUAUUGUUAUUUAAAUGUCUAAUUUGCAAAAACAAAAAAGAAAAUCAAAUUGUACCUUUGAUUUUAAAACAAAUACACUAACACAACACAUACCUUAA